AUCAACAUAAAAAAACUUUGAGAUCAAUUGUAGGAAGAUCCAGUUAGAUCUAAUAUGAUUGGAGGAUCAAAGCCAGGUGGGGAGUUCUCCAUGGCUGUUAUACAAGCCAAUGCUUUCUUGGAGGAUCAAAGCUAGCUUGAAUCCGGACCCUUGAGUUCUAUUGAUUCCGGCCCUGAAGGAACAUUUGUUGGUGUCUAUGAUGGCCAUGGAGGACCUGAGACGUCCCGGUUCAUUAGAGACACCUUGUUCUCCAAGCUCAAGAGAUCUGCUUCUGAGGAUCAAGAGAUGUGUGCAGACACCAUAAAAAAGGAUUUCUUGGCAACCAAAGAAGACUUCUUGUCUAUUGUGAAGCGAGAUUGGCACUAUAAGCCACAAAUUGCGUCAGUGGGAUUGUGUUGUUUAGCGGGAGUGAUAUAUGAUGGGCUUCUCUACGUUGCAAAUGCGGGAGUCUCGCGUGGUCUUAGGGAGAGCAGAUAGAGCGGUGAGAGGAGUCACCGCUGUCAACAGAACACAAUGCCAAUAUUCAAUCUGUGAGAGUCUGAGAGAUGAGCUUCAAUCAUUGCAUCCCCAUGAUUUGCAGAUUGUGGUUCUAAAGCACCAGGGUUGGCGCGUUGAGGGUCUUAUACAGCCUGCAGAUUGGGAUGACAGAGAGUAUAUUGAUAGUCUGGAUGAUUAAAAACCAGAGGUAUAUGAUUAAUGGUCAUCUCUCUAUUACAUUGUGUAUGUUAAAAUGAUUAGGUGGCAUCCAUUAACUGGUAGCGGCAUAGCACUAUAGCAGAGACAUUUGGCUGCUACAGAGUACUACAAAACAGGGUCGAUGGCUAUUGUGGGCUUGUGGCAAGAGCAAGAGAAUGGGCAGUGAAAAUUUUCAAAUGUGAACUUCCUUAUCUUGCAAAGCUUGCUUUUGACUGACCUUCAAAGGCAUUCAAUUAGGGUUCUCCUUACAUCAUUCACAAAAACAUACGGAAGCAGCGGCUGUGCACAUCCCGAAAAGGAAAACACUAACAAACCAUACAACUACUGGCAAAAGAGGAGCAACUACUGGCGGCAAUAUCAAGAGAUGUUGGGGCAGGCAAGUUUGGGAUGUUUGGGAAUCAAAAUGGAGCAUGCACGCCAAGUGUUCGUCAAAGUUCUCUAAUGAGCUUUUCACAAGGGUGAAGGAAGUACAUAUUAUUUUUCUUGGAGGGAACAGUUAUUAAUUUAUUAAGAAUGAAGAGAAAUGAUUCUAGGUCUUUACUGAGCCAGAGACGCCCUCAUUAUCGGGCUGGCUUAUCGUCAUCUUGGUGGUGGGCGUGGCUGCCGCCUUCGUCCUCAUUUGGUUCGUCCGACACAUCGUGCUCCACCGUCAACGGGUGCGCCGCGAGGCGGUGAUUGCCUUCGCCACGCAGCUAGCGUCUACGGACUUUGUGGCAGGUUUCCCGCGGUGCACCUUCGAUCCUGCCGCGGGAGACGGGGCGACGGACAGCUGCGCCAUUUGCUUGGGGCAGUACGAGCCGGGUGAGGAGCUACCGAUGUUCCUACCAUGCUUCCACCCAUUCCAUGCGCUGUGCCUUACCCAAUGGCUUGUUCGGACUAUGUGUGCCACAUGCGGGGCGGGUGUGUUAAUACUAGAGUAGGCCGGCGGAUGCACUUGGAGCUUCAACCUUCGUUUCCUGAGUAGGUAUUGAAUGUAAACGACUUGCACUUAUUGAAUGUCGUAAUGAAAAAUGUGGUUUAAAAAACUGCCUGGCUUGAAUUAUUUCAAGGUUAAAAUUUUCAAGUGUGUAAAUAGAGUGAGAUGACUUCAAUUGAUCAUCACUUUGCCUUUUUUAUGCUAUUAGUUCAUCUGUC